GCGCGCGGGCUGCAGACGGCAUUAGCCUAUUCUUUGUGACACGGAGACUGGACAGUUUCUGUGGAAGACCAGGGGGAUGAGAAGGCUGUUUACUCUGGGAAGGAAGGAAGUUUGAUGCAGGAAAAAAAAGCAAUGAAUGGUCUAUAAUUAUCUUCAAGGGCUUUUUAGUUUGUUAUUUCUCUCGGUCUCUCAGGGACGGUCGUGUUGAAGAAAGGACUACGCGGGUUGUCUUCAAACAUGGAGGGAUGGUUUUAAAGGCGUCAUAGUGCAGUAUUUGAAGAAGUCUAGUCCAGCGCACAGAGUUUAGUCCGUGUAUUGAGCUGACCGAAUUAGUUUAGCUGAAUCAAUAUUUAUGCUCGGAGUCAUCUGCUCGUUUCCCGGUGAAGGUUUAGGAGCGGCGGAGUGAUGGAGGACAUCGACCUGGAGCAGCAGGAGCCGUUCCCUGUGGACCGAGAUGGCAGAAAGGUCAGGACCGGAGCGGACCAGCCCGAUGGAGGCAGGAAGCUGGGGUGUUGUGAGAAGUUCCAGCAGUCCGUCUCCCAAUGGAUGCUUCCAGAAGACUCCCGCAGCAAGUACCUGGAGCGAGCCAACUGCUGCCCGCCCCCCAUCUUCAUCAUCCUCAUCAGUAUUGUAGAGUUGGCAGUGUUCAUCUACUAUGCCGUGUGGAAGCCUCAGAAGCAGUGGGUGACGCUGGAUGAAGGCAUCUGGAACAGCCCCCUCACAUACAAAUCUGAGCGCAGACAGGAAGCGUGGCGCUUCAUCUCCUACAUGUUCGUCCACGCCGGUGUGGAGCACAUCAUAGGGAACCUGGUGAUGCAGCUGAUCGUGGGAAUCCCCCUGGAGCUGGUGCACAAAGGCUUUGAAGUGGGGAUGGUUUACCUGGCUGGUGUCCUGGCAGGCUCUUUGUCCAGCUCCAUCUUUGAUCCUCUCAGCGCUCUGGUGGGGGCUUCUGGAGGAGUGUAUGCCCUAAUAGGAGGAUAUUUCAUGAACGCAGUGGUGAACUUCCGAGAGAUGAUUCCUCUCCUCGGAGUGUUUCGUAUCCUCGCCAUCCUCACAUUUGUUGGCGUAGAUUUUGGAUUUGCCUUCUACAGAAGAUUUGUCAACGACGACGCUGGUAUGAAGGUGUCCUUUGUGGCUCACUUUGGAGGCAUUGUGGCCGGGAUGACCAUCGGCUACGUCUUUUUCAGCGAUUACAACAAGAAGCUACUCAAAGACCCUCGGUUCUGGAUGUGUAUAGUGGGAUUUGUAGUGUUUUUACUCUUUGCUAUCCUCUUCAACAUAUUUCUGACCCCAGCCUCAUAGGGUCAUUGAGCUGCACUCUCCAACCUUUUGUAAAGCCGUAACAGCCUUAAUUUCACACUCAGGAGAAAAUACAUUUUUUUUACAGAUGUGUUUAAGAUCAAAGUUGCUAAUCAGGGACUUUUGUUUAAAAGUCAUUUUCUAUCAGGUUGAAUCCAAGUGGAACAGUGCCUCCUGCUUUUAAUUUGUUGCAUUGCAGAAACUUUAUUUUAUAUCUAAGAAGAGGCUGUUUUAAAUGUGCUUUUAUAGAGUGAAUGAUUAAGACCUGUUUUGAAUGUUAUGUACAGUGAGUAACUUAUAUUUCUCUUAAUUUCAGAUUAAGUCUUUCUUUUGCUUGAGGGUUUUUAUUGCAACAUUUUAGCUUUUUCUAGGAGGAAGAAAAUAAAUGGUCAGUGUUUGAAUUUCA